GUAACACUCACACAGACUCCACCUGAGGAAAGCAGCACCUGUGUUUAUCGAUGGAUCUCUCGCUGCUCCUGAAUCCGCUUGCUCCACACGCGGCGGACUCUCUAUCUGGGUUGCCAUCUCAGGGCAGCUCUGAGAACAACCUGCAAUUCAUCUGUGAGUUCAAGCAUGGGAAAGCGUCUGGCGAUGAGGAGUACAAUGUCGAUAUGGUGUCCGUCAUCCUCCCUGCCCAGUGCAGCGUCUACCAGCUGCGGCUACGCAUCUGCCUGCAGGCACAAGAACAAAAUUACCACCUAGACCCACUUGCAGUAUUGGACCCGGAGAAAUACACUCUGCUAUAUGCCAGGGGGGAUGACUGGUACGAGGCCUACGAUGACUGUCAGGUCAUCCGGACGCUGGACAUCCCGUGGUCAUGUGACGACACCGGCCGCCUGUCGGCGCACAUCGUGGUGAAACCGCCGAUGGCAGUCGAUUCGGAGGACAAGAAGAAACAACAGCGGCGCCUGGAGUACCUGAUCGGACACGACCUGGAGAGAGAAGCGUCGGACAGACUCGGCGAGCUCACGUUCACCCGCAGGAAACUGGCCUCUCCGAGAAGACAAGAGCUAAGGGAUCGGGACGACGAGCUGUACGCCACAGAGCCUUGGAUAACGUGUGCCCCCGUUCCAAAUGACCUUCAGAACCAGCUGAACCGAAAGCUCCCCGUCACAUUCCAUUACAUGAGCAAGAUCAGCUUCAGCAUACAGGUGGACUUUAGUGCAACACCAAGUGUUCUUCUCACAUUCUUUAGAAGGGUGGCGGCAGACGAGGCGCUCGAUUACGACUCUUCGGACCGUUUGGUGUUGAAAGUCUGCGGGAGGGAGGAGUUUUUAUCUGGUGACCACCCACUGAGCAAUUUCCUCUGGGUUCGACAGUGCUUGAAAACCAACCAAGAGCUCCACCUGUCUGUGGUCCCCGUGUCGCAGCUCGCAGACGAGACUGUCAAGUUCGUGGACUGGCCUCUCGUUGACGGUUCCAGUGGCCAGUUCAGCUCCCACGACGAUCUCCGCCUCGAAGGGAAAGAUUUGGACGACAUCUUCAUGAUAUCCUUGUGGGACUGCAACAGGAGGCUCCGAGUGAAAUUGUUUGGCUUCGACAUCCCGAACCUUCCAAACAAAUGCCCUCAGUGUGUUUAUGUAAAAGCCUCCAUACUCUACGGCAACAAGGUUCUCUCUUCGGUGUCCUCCCAUCCCAAGGCCUUUGCAGAUGAAGUGCUGUGGAAUGAGUGGCUGGAAUUUGAUGUUCUCCUCAGAGAUCUGCCCCGUGGAGCCAAGCUGGCUUUCACUAUUAAUGCUAGUGGUGGUGACACCACCCCAGGAACCAAAGACCCAAAACCUUCAGUAACCAAAGACUCAAAGUCGUCAUCGGCUUCAGUCAAUAAAGCACCGGACCUGCAGAAAGGGAAGAGGAAGGUGCUCUACUUUGUCAAUCUUCUCCUCAUCGACCACAGGUCCGUGCUCAGCCAGGGCCCCUACACCAUGCACAUGUGGCCCUACCCUGACGUGGAGAAAGAGGCCAUCGCCUACCAGGCAGACAAGCUGUCCUCUGCCACUAACCCAGACAUAGCAGACUCCAUGGCUAUCAGCUUCCUUCUCGACCGCUACAGCUUCCCUGUGGUCCUGCCAAAUAGCUCCAGCACCUCCGAAAGCUCCGACAGUCCUUCCUCCAGCCUCACUUCGACCAAAUCUAAUGCAUCCCCCUCGACCUCACCCUCUGCCAACUUACCCAGCAAGGAUUCUUCCUCUCUGCAUGGGAAACAUCGACGGCACUCAUUGGCAGACCUUGUCACCCUCAGAUCCCCAUCUCUAGUACCCAACGCCAGCACGCCUUGCCUCAAAAGGUUCCGGGAGGAGAGCGUCCGCUACGCCUCAAAUCUUCCCCAAUACCUGCGCAACGUUGAUUGGAUGAACCGUAGAGUGGUCGAGGAUGUCCACUGGCUACUGGGAAACUGGGAUCCUGCAGAGCUGGAUGUGACGGUGGCCCUCGAGCUGCUGAGCAUGGACUUUGCUGACGCCACGGUCAGGAGACUAGCAGUCCAGAGAUUGGAGAGCCUGUCCAAUGACGAUAUAUUGAUGUAUUUGCUGCAGCUGGUGCAGACCCUCAAAGUGGAACCUUACCAUGACAGUUUCCUAGCUCGCUACCUCAUCCAAAGGGCUCUGCGGAGCAAGCGAAUCGGCCACUUCUUCUUCUGGUAUGUCCGCAGUGAGGUGGCAGGGUGUCUGUACUUCCGCCAGCGCAUGGCUGUGAUUCUGGAGGCCUACCUGCUGGGCUGCGGUCAGGCCAUGCUCGACAACUUCACCCGGCAGGUCCAGGCCGUGGAGGCCCUGCACGGGGUUGCUGUAAUGAUUAAAAAACUCUACCCCGACAAGACCGACCUUCCUCCGACAGCUCCCCUCAAGCUUCAAGAGCUUCUUAGAAACAGUAAUCUACCGAAUGAAUUCCUGCUGCCCUUUGACCCCCGGAUCAAGGCUGGCUGGAUCCUGCUGGACAAAUGCAAAGUGAUGGCCUCCAGGAAGAAGCCGCUGUGGCUGGAGUUCUCUCCCAUGCCGUCGCCCACCUCUGCUACACCCGUGGGAAUCAUCUUCAAAGAGGGAGACGACCUCAGACAGGACAUGCUGAUCAUCCAGACGCUGGUGGUGAUGGAAUCCAUCUGGCAGGAGAAAUCUCUGGACCUUAACCUCGUCCCGUAUGGCUGCAUCUCCACAGGACACAACAUAGGUAUGAUCGAGAUCGUGAGGAACGCAGUGACCAUCGCCACCGUCCACUGGAGCCAGGGGGGAACGUCAGCCGCCUUCAAAAACGAUGCUCUGUUCGAGUGGCUCAAGUCCAAAUGUCCACUCCAGGAAAUCCACUACAAGACCGUGGAGAGGUUCGUGCAGUCCUGUGCUGGGUACUGUGUGGCCACGUAUGUGCUGGGUAUAGGAGAUCGACACAAUGACAACAUCAUGAUCACAGACCAAGGGAACCUGUUUCACAUCGACUUCGGUCACAUCCUGGGUAACAGGAAGUACUUCCUUGGCGUGAGCAGGGAGCGCGUACCAUUCGUCCUCACACCGGACUUCCUGCACGUCAUGGGCCGGAGCAAAGGGCGCAACAGCCUCUAUUUUCAGCGAUUCAGGGACACUUGCACCCAGGCGUACCUCUCUCUGCGCUCGCAUUCUCGUCUGCUGGUCACCCUUUUCUCCCUCAUGCUGCUGACGGGCAUCCCGGAGCUGAGUGCUGCAGAGGACAUACACUACCUGCGGGAGGCGCUACAGGAGGAACAGAGUGAGGCAGAGGCCAAGGAGCAUUUCCUCCAGCAAAUCUUGAGGUGUGAGGAGCAGGGCUGGACUGUGCAGGCCAACUGGUGGGUCCACAUGGUGGCUGGCAUCAAGUAGAUUGUUGUUGUGAUUACAAUUGUUAUGCUGUCUCAUGGUGGGGAUAUAUUCAUGCCUACAUGUAAUAUUGUUUUGUGUUUUUGUGGUUGUUUUAGUUUGUUUAUUUUUGAUUUAUCAUUUCUAUACUCAUGUACGCAGUGUUUUUUAUAGACUUUUAGCACAAAAGAUGCUCUUCCACCUUUCUAAACAGGGUUAGUCAACAGCAAGUCAGGUAAAAAUCUCUCUGGCUCACCUCAACCACGCCUAUUCUGUAUGUUUGUCUACUCUAAAAGGUACGGGGAAGUUUGCCUUCCAUCCAACCAAAAUGAGCUGCAUUGUUAUUUUAUUGAAAUAUAUAGAGCAAAUAUAGUGUACUGUAACAUUAAUGGGGAACUCCAUUGAUUUUACAUAUCAAAGGUUAAAAGGUGUUGGCUGCAUAAGUGAAAAAAGUUGUAUAAAGCCAGUCAGCGUCAGUUGUUACGAGACCUUAUAGUCCGCUCCUCAUCUCUGCUGGAGGUCCCGUUGCACUGUGGGUAAUGUAGGCACCAGGUUUUGACAAGGAAGAAGAACGUGUGGAAUUUAAAAAAGAUCUGCUUUUUAUUGCUUAACCCCUUUUUUCUAAACUAAAGAGCAUAGUGACCUCUUUGAAAGGCUGGCUUUCACUCAUUUCUAAGCAAUAAAUCUCUCUUAGGGAGCAUAAUAUGCUGGAAGACAUUCAAAUAAAUGAACAGACAUUUUUUUAAACUGAUUUUAAUUCAAUUCAAUUCAAUUCAGUUUAUUUUGUAUAGCCCAAUAUCACAGGUUUAUAUUAGGUGUUAGUCUAGACAGAGUUGCUCAGGUGAGCUCUAUGUACACAUGAAUGAGAAAUGAUUUUAGUAGAGAUUCAUCUGGUUCCCAGGCAACUAUAUUGUUCAUGCGUAUAGCACUGUAAGAUUCAAUAGGGACUGAAAGUCAGGAAAACGUAACGUCUCCUGCUUAAAUUCUUACUUGUUCACUCACUUUUAACAACUCACACAUUUGGUCAAAUUAAACAAGAAAGAUGUCUUGGACUGUUCCAGCAUAAACACUUAUAUGUCUGACAAAAACAGAAGAAAAAAAAACAAUUGUCAAAUUAAUUAAUUUUUUUUGCAAAGCAUGUGAAAGGUGAUUAGAAGGAGUCUGACUCAAUUUGUGUUCAUGUCCUGUUGUACUGCAUUGAAUAAAACCCU